AUGGAUAAUCCAGAAUCGCUUUUUUCACGGGUCUUUAAAGGACGUUAUUACCGGAAUGGUACUCCUUUGGACCCCAUCAAAUCCUACUCUCCUUCCUAUGGGUGGCAGAGUAUUGUAUCGGCUCGACCUCUGGUUAACAAAGGGCUUAUCAAAAGAGUUGGUUCGGGAUCGUCUACCUCAGUUUGGGAUGAUCCUUGGAUUCCAGCAUCUCGCCGAGGUCAGCAAAAGGAAACGAUACAUUUUUACCCGCACCUUCGCGUGCGGGAUAUUAUGACACCCGAAAAAUCAACGUGGAAUCUUCCACUAUUAAAACAACUUUUUGACGGAUCGGAUGUAUCCCUUAUAAUGGGGAUUCCAACCUCACAGCGGGAUACACCGGACUCGUGGGGAUGGUUCUAUACGAAGACAGGGCGAUACACAGCCAAAUCAGGGUAUAUGAUUGCCCAAGAAGAUAUGGAUGGUGACAAUAUGGUACAGUUUGGUCCAGACGUGCGUCGUCUUCAGGCACAAGCAUGGAAAGUUCCUUGCACCCAAAAACUUCAACAUUUCCUAUGGCAAAUCUUAACGGGGUGUAUAUCGGUGGGAGCAUGUUUAAGGAGUCGUGGUAUACAGACAGAUCCACAAUGUAUGCGCUGUGGUAUGGCGGCAGAAACGAUUAAUCAUAUGGUUUUGAAUGUCCUCCGGCCUUACAGGUUUGGGCUUUAUCCCCAAUCCCAACAGCUGUCAACCGGUUUCCAACAGAAGGUCUCUUCACGAAUAUGGCACACCUAUUCUGGAAUUUACCGGACGAUGAUAGGAGGAAGAUGUAUCCUUGGUUAA